AAAGACAGACGCAGACCCAAACCAUUUGGUGUAUUAACCCAGUGCAACUGUGCAAGCGGGAGCGGGCAUUUUAGAAUCUUUCCAUCGGAACGGUUACCGAGGCUGUGGUUUAUACCUUCCAGCAGAGGAAGGAGAGGAUUAUGGAGUCCACUUCCAAGUCUUCCGGCCCUGCCACUAAGCGACCUUCAAAACGCCUGCUAUUUGAUAGGCGUUACGGUUGGGUGGUGGAUGACUGGAAAGAUCCAUCUGAAGAAGCUUUGGCCGGCGGUAGAGGAAUGUUCUGCAUUUUGCCUCUUGCAAAGGGAUUGAUAAAGCUGGGCUCGCAAUCGAUUAAUCUUGCAGUGAGUUCUGCACUUAAAGUUAUUGAAAGGCCUGAUCAAUUUUCUCCUCAACUUUUGCAAGCAAGCCUAAAUGAUCAAUUUCAUAAAUUCAUGUCUUCCAUGAAAGGACCUAAUUUCAGCUUCUUCACUGCUGGUGUAAAUUCGCCAGUUCUCUCUACAAGCGGCUUGCAGCACUUGCCCCUGGAAAGCAGUGGUCCACCCAGUGGCUAAAUGUCUUAGUUGUGAAAUCAUUCUAACCAGUUGGUUGGCAUCAGCUAUUAAAUCAAUGAAUGUCAGAAAGUGACCAAGCGUUUUGCAGGAGUGAUAAACUAGAAAAUAGCAUGCUUUCCAUGACUGUUUAAAGUAGCAUUUAUUCAGUUAGAGGAAUUACCAUCACUAGACAAAAUGUUAAUAGUUUGUGAGGAAUGCUAAGCAUAAGGGUUGACCAACUCCUUACAAAUGUGCAUUAAACACCAUAGAUCCGAUCUGGUGCAUCUUAUAGAAGCAGAACCCUGUUGAAUAGUCCGUUUUCUUCUUGAUCAACCUGUAUUCAUAGCAUUAUUCAUAGAUUUGUAUAUUUCCUAUUGGUUGAACCA